GGGAGGGUUUUCUGAGCGCUUGCCCUGUCGACCUCCUCACUGACCACUCUUAGACGCACAAAGACAUCGCGCACCUCUACAACAAGCCGCAGCUGUAUCUCGGAGCAGCUGUUUCGUAGCAGAAUCCAGACGUCCGGUAUCGCCUCCCUUCGGAAAAGGGGCACGGGCUCUUGGCAUCUCCAAACGACCCCAGAGUCGAUCUCACGUCGCAUGAGCAGCACCAGGAUACCUUGGAUGCAUCGCACGAGCACCAUUGCGCCCAUCUGUCCAGAGCGGUAGAGCCAGCUACCAGCACUCGCCAUGGCGACAGCGACGACCGCGAAAGCUGGGCAUGCUCCAAUGCGCCGCCCACGCCCGAGCAUGGCCGCCCGUCUCAACACACGCGCCAACAACCAGGCCAACAGUGCCAGCGACACUCUGGUCAAAAGGAUAGCCGAACCUCAUGUCAGGAGCUCCGAGUACAUCCUGCGCAAGUUCCGCGGCAAGCCUCCCUCGCUCACCAUCCAUCUGCAUGCCACCUUCUUCCGCUUCGACCAGCAGGAUGGCAGCUUUCCCUACGACUCGCCCAUGAAGUUCAUUCUUCAGCACCUGCGCAAACAGACCAUCCCUCAUGAAAUGGUCCAAGAUCUGCUGGAGAAUCGUGUCGCCUUUUAUGACGGUUGUCUCAUUGUCAACGUCGUCAACCACAAGUCGUCUGUCGCAAAGACUCCUGCUCCUGGCAACCUGUCCGUCAGCUCGGCCGACCACAAUACUCCCUUUUCCAUGCACAACUACCACGACCAUAUCACUCCAUCUCCCUUUGGUCCCUACCCGAAAAAGGCUUCAGACCGUUCGUCGCUACCUAACAAGAGAUCCGAGUCAGUCAAGCAACAAGAUGGUCUGAAAGAUCAAGCCCAUACGGGCCCUAGGACUUCGACUGUCGUACUUCAUCCCACCGAUCUUUCUCGCCAUCAUGAGCUGAUGCACCUCGCGAACCAACAAUCUAAGGGCGCUCUAGUCGAUGAGACCAACUACUACCAGUUUGAAGCGACUAUGCUCAUUUCCUCCGAACCACCACUAUUACUAGAUCCCGCAAAGACCUUUGAGGAGGCUGAGAUGGCCUUGAGUCUGCUCAAACACCCUCUGCAUUCCGAAGCUCCUCCAUCACCAAGAUCCCGCAAGCGUACCCACGCCGAAAUGGCUCUGGACGAUGCACAAGCCUUCGAGGAAGAGAGACGUAUGCUCAUUAUGGACGAACGCACAAAACCUUCUUUGCGUGGUGCAAAUGGUACCUCGGCCUCCGAAGGUCAAACUGCUUCGGUUGCUCUUGGCUUUUCCAGAUUCAAGACCCUCGAGACCAUCAAGAAGAACCACGAAGAGAACGACCGCAAGAAAAAGGAGGAAGAGGCGCAGAAGGCUAUAGAGAAGCGUCAACACGAUGCUGCGCUGGCGCAAAAGAGAAAGCUCAUGGAGGACAGGAACCGUCAAGAGCAAGCGGCCACACAGCAACAACAGAAACAGAAGAUGAUGAUGCACCAGCAGCAGCAGCAAUUGAUGCAACAACAAGCCGUACAGCAGCAGCAGGCCGCUCAGCUCCAGCAACAGCAACAACAGCAACUCCAGCAGCAGCAGCAGCAAUUGCAACAGCAACAGCAGCACGCUCACAAUCUCGCUCAGGCUCAAACCCCUAUGGCGACUAACCCUCAGCAACAGCAUCUCCAACAACAAGCUGCCAUGGCUGCCCAGCAUUCGUCUCCCAUUGUCCACAACCCUACGCCCAUCAUGGCCUCAUCUCCUGUCAUGCCCAACGCCUCAAACAUGAAUAUGGGCGGCUUCCCUAUGCAAACUACUGCUUCGAACCAAGGCGCUGGAAGCCCGGCUCGCCCUCCUUCCGCUGCUAUGCAACAUGCUAAUAUCGCCAUGGCUAGACAGCUCAGCCAGCAAGCAAACCCGAGUCGUCAUGCUACUCCACAAAUGGCGCACGGUACUCCACAAAUGGCGUCUGCUGUGCCUAUGGACGGCAACCGCCAGAUGAGCGGUACCCCUAAUAUGCAACACCGAAGCCCGAUUCCUCCUCAUAUGCAAGGCACUCCCAAUCAAGCAGGCUUGAUGGCUGGAACACCGCAGAUGAACGGAAUAAACCAAAUGAACCAGAUGAACCAACUCACUCCUACUCAGCAAAUGGCUAUAAUGCAACAGCAGCGCGCACGCUUGCAACAGCAGACAAUGCAAGCUUCGCCAGGCCAGUACACACCAGAGCAGCUCACCGUGAUGAGGAACCAGCAGAAUAUGGCUCUGCAGCAGCAAAUGAAUCCUCAGAUGUACGCUCAGAUGCAACAACGCAUACAAAUGCAAAACAUGCAGGGAGGCACACCCAUGAUGCAGACACCUUCGCAGCAGCAACAGCAACAGCAGAUGAAUCAGGCGAUGAGCCAACAGAUGGGCCAGAGCAUGCCAAAUGCUCAGGCAGCUCAACGGGCACAAGCUGCUGGUCAAGCUCGUGCUCAGUUCAUGCGUACAAAGCAAAUGAUUGUCACAUUGCAAUCUCAGGGUCAGCCAAUACCCAUAGAACUGCAGCACCGUUUCCAGCAACAGCAACAAAUGGUUCAUGCUGCCCAACAGCAGAUGGCAGUCGCUACGGCACGAACACAGCAAGCGACUCUUGGCGAUACGAACAACACGGAACAAUACAUGCAGAACCUUCGCAACCAGCAAGCACUUAUAGCAAGGUUGCAACGAACUCCACAAAUGGGACAACAGGCGGGCAUGAUGAAUGGUGGAGGGCAGCAGCAGCAAAAUAUGAACAUGCUGCAAACUCAACAAGCACAGAUGCAGCAAAUGCAAUUUGCUCGUCAAGUUGCGAUGAAUCAACAACGACCCGGAUCGGGAAUGGGUCAAUAGGAGCGACAUGAUACCCCUCUGCAGGAGUUUUAAAACGGCGUUGGUGGCUUUCGGGGCAGGGAAAUGUUGAUGUUUAUACGUCAAAAAUUAAAUCGAGCUUAUGUGCUCGUCCUUCGGCGCGGAUGAUUGAGCUGGUUGCUCUUGAGACACGCAUCAUCACAGAGCUUUUGAGAGUGGUGUGAUUUGAACAUUCGUAAUACCUGUAUUUCUAUGCGUAUUUUCUUCACAUUCAUUGCGCUUCUCACGUUCAUGUCUCUAUUUACCAUAACUCGUUUUUGUCAAUGAAUUGAACCAAGUACUUUGUGGCUGGUUUUACU